AUGGGGUCCCAGGUCUCAAUGGACGUGGGAUCUGUGCACGUGGUGAUCGUGGGCGGGGGCUUCGGAGGGAUGGCAGCUGCCAGUCAACUCCAAGCGCUUAAUGUCCCCUUCACGCUGGUGGACAUGAAGGACUCCUUCCACCACAAUGUGGCAGCCCUCCGGGCCUCUGUGGAGAGUGGGUUUGCGAAAAAGACAUUCAUUUCCUACUCAGUGACCUUUAAGGACAACUUCCAGCAGGGCAUGGUGGUCGGGAUAGACCUGAAGAAUCAGACGGUGCAGCUGCAGGGCGGUGAGGCUCUGCCCUUCUCACAUCUUGUCCUGGCCACAGGCAGCUCUGGGCCCUUCCCUGGCAAGUUUAACCAGGUUUCCAGCCAGCAGGCUGCCAUCCAGGCCUACGAGGACAUGGUGAGGCAGGUCCAGAGCUCACAGUUCAUCGUGGUGGUGGGAGGAGGCUCUGCAGGAGUGGAGAUGGCAGCAGAGAUUAAAACUGAGUAUCCUGAGAAGGAGGUCACUCUCAUUCACUCCCAAGUACCCCUUGCUGACAAAGAGCUCCUGCCUUGUGUCCGGCAGGAAGUGAAGGAGAUCCUUCUCCGGAAAGGCGUGCAACUGCUGUUGGGUGAGCGGGUGAGCAACCUGGAGGAACUGCCUCUCAAUGAGUACCGAGAGUACAUCAAAGUGGUGACAGACAAAGGCACGGAGGUGGCUACCAACCUGGUGAUCCUCUGCAAUGGCAUCAAGAUCAACAGCUCUGCUUACCGCAGUGCAUUUGAGAGUAGAAUGGCUGACAAUGGUGCCCUUCGAGUUAACGAGUACCUCCAGGUGGAGGGCUACAGUAACAUCUACGCCAUUGGUGACUGUGCUGACGUGAAGGAGCCCAAGAUGGCCUAUCAUGCCAGCCUGCAUGCCAACAUCGUUGUGACCAACAUCGUCAACUCCAUGAAACAGAGGCCCCUCAAGGCCUACAAACCUGGUGCACUGACAUUCCUCCUGGCCAUGGGAAGAAAUGAUGGCGUGGGUCAGAUCAGUGGCUUUUAUGUGGGUCGGCUCAUGGUUCGGUUGGCCAAGAGCCGGGACCUGUUUGUCUCCACGAGCUGGAAAACCAUGAGGCAGUCUCCACCCUGA